CUGACAUCGAUUCAUUUCCAACUUCGUUCAGGUGAUGUGAAAUUUUAGCGAAAAACUAAAAAAGAACCUAAGAAAAUUGGAUUUUUACCAUUGAUUGGUGCCAUUAAAUAGUGCUGUAAUUCGACGAAAUCCUUUAAUAUCGCAGUUUAGAUCAAUUGCGGUAUUACACAUACGAUAAAUAUAUUCGACAACAGUGGUGUUACACGGCAACUUUAAUCCUUCGCAUUAAUUUUUCAUAAUGGCGAACCAAACCACCGGUGUUGUGGUUCCACGAAAUUUUCGUCUUCUCGAGGAAUUGGAACAAGGCCAAAAGGGUGUUGGUGAUGGCACGAUUUCUUGGGGUCUUGAAAAUGACGACGACAUGACCUUAACUCACUGGACAGGAAUGAUCAUCGGUCCGCCACGGACUCCGUACGAAAAUCGAAUAUAUUCACUAAAAAUAGAAUGCGGCGAAUCAUAUCCAGAUGAACCACCAACACUUAGAUUCUUAUCAAAAAUUAAUAUUAAUUGCAUUAAUCAAAGUAAUGGAGUGGUCGAUCACAGACUGGUUCCGAUGUUGUCGCGAUGGAAUCGUGAAUACACUAUCAAAUCAAUGUUGCAAGAAAUCCGACGAAUUAUGACAAUGAAAGAUAAUAUAAAAUUGGGCCAGCCUCCAGAGGGAAGUUGUUUUUAAAGAAAUGAAUGAUUUUUUUCCGCUGAAGAAAAUUUGAUUUAAAAUGAAGAAGAAAAUUUGAACGAGAACUGUUUUGAUAUAGAAAAAGAAAUGCGCCUCGACUAAGAUGGUGUUGAAGUUUUUUUUUUUCCUUUUCACUCGUCAACAACAACCAACAAACAAAAAAAAAUCUAUUUAUAAUAAAUUGUUCUUGUUCGAUGCCACACUGUUUGAGAGGAGGUAAUCGUUUGGAAUUUUUUUUUUCUUGUUUAAUUUGAAACGUAAUUUAGAACAAUUUUCAUUUCUUUCAUAAAAAAGCAGCAAAUCAUGAACUGAAUGUGUCUUUUUCUCUCGCUCUUUUAUUUGUGAAAAUUCGAAUUGAUCAUCAUUUGAAAAUUCGUAAAUUGUCAUUCCGACUGAACAGAAUGUAUAAUAAUUCGUUGCGUUUCUAAUUAUUCCAUAAUUUAGUUUCAUUUCACUUUCUUUUUACCCAUUCAUAUACAAUUGCGUAGGUUUUUUUUCAUUUUCAAUUUAUUGUUUUCAUAUCGAAUUCUAAUUUGACACUUUUUAGGCUUUAUGACGUUAUGUUUCAAUUGGAAAAGUAAAAGAAAAA